CGUGUGUGUGGUGUGGUUGUGUGUGCGUGUGUGUGUGUGGUGUGUGUAGCGAGUGUGGUGACUGGUACGGUAAUGUGUUGGUUCUCGUGUUCUGUGAUUUCUGAUUUCUGUGCCGUGUGCACGCGGAAAAAGUGAGGUUAGGUUAAGUUAAGGCGUGCGAACAGCUGCCUGGCAUUGACGGACAAUCGCGCGAACAGCGAUGUCGGGCAAAACCAGAGGCAAGAACAAGAAUAAAAGUGACGACGCGAUCGAGAAUGGGGCGGCCGACGAUGUCGCGACGAAGAUUGCAGACGUGGAGCUCAAUGAUGAAGAGGAGGUUGUGCCGAGCAAGAAGCUCACCCACAAGGAGAAGAAGAAGCUGAAGAAGCAACAGGAAUACGAGCGGACGAUGGAGAUGCUGACGAAGGGCGGACAGGGUCACAGCGAACUCGAAUCCAAUUUCACAAUCUCACAGAGCCAGACGCAGCAACGCGGCAAUCAGCAGCUGGAUAACGCGGUUGACAUCAAGGUGGAGAACUUCAGCAUUGCGGCCAAGGGCAAGGAGCUUUUCACCAACGCCAGCCUGCUCAUAGCGCAAGGGAGGCGAUACGGCCUCGUGGGACCGAACGGUCAUGGCAAAACUACCUUGCUUCGCCAUAUAGCAAAAAGAGCCUUCAAUAUUCCACCAACGAUAGACGUUCUGUAUUGUGAACAAGAAGUUAUAGCAGAUGACACUCCUGCUGUAGAAGUCGUGCUCAAUGCUGAUAUCAAAUGCAAAGAGCUUCAGACUGAAUGCAAGAAGUUGGAGGAGUUGACAGAGCAGGGAGAUACUACUGUGCAGAACAGAUUGCAAGAGGUAUAUGAUGAAUUAAAGGCCAUCGGAGCGGACUCAGCAGAACCGCGUGCCAGACGAAUCCUCGCUGGUCUGGGAUUCAAUCGUGCGAUGCAGAAUCGCGCAACGAAGAACUUCUCUGGUGGUUGGCGAAUGCGUGUCUCACUCGCAAGAGCACUUUUCCUGGAACCCACGUUAUUGCUGUUGGACGAACCUACUAAUCAUUUAGAUUUGAACGCUGUAAUUUGGUUGGAUAACUACUUGCAAGGCUGGAAGAAGACUCUGCUGGUUGUAUCGCAUGAUCAGAGUUUUUUGGAUAAUGUAUGCACGGACGUGAUACACCUAGAUCAACAGAAAUUGUUCUAUUACAAGGGAAAUUACAGCAUGUUCAAAAAGAUGUACGAGCAAAAAAGAAAAGAAAUGGUAAAGGCGUAUGAAAAGCAAGAAAAGCGUCUGAAGGAUCUCAAAGCGGCCGGGCAGAGUAAAAAGCAGGCUGAAAAGAAGCAAAAGGAAGCUCUUACGAGGAAACAAGAAAAGAAUCGAACAAAGAUGCAGAAACAAGAGGAAGACACUGGACCCACAGAGUUGUUGCAGAGACCAAGGGAAUACAUAGUGAAAUUCAGUUUUCCAGAUCCUCCGCCAUUACAACCGCCAAUUCUUGGUCUUCAAAAUGUUACAUUUGGAUAUGAAGGACAAAAGCCAUUAUUUAUCGACGCAGACUUUGGUAUAGACCUGAGUUCUCGAGUAGCGAUACUGGGCCCCAAUGGCGUUGGUAAAUCCACUUUUUUGAAAUUACUAAUGAGCGAUAUAACGCCUCAAAAGGGGGAAGUGUCAAAGAAUCAUCGAUUGAGGAUAGGAAGGUUUGACCAGCAUUCUGGCGAACACUUAACUGCCGAGGAGACUCCGUCGGAAUAUCUGAUGCGACUAUUCGAUCUUCCAUACGAAAAAGCGCGCAAACAGUUAGGUACUUUCGGUCUUAGCUCUCAUGCACACACUAUCAAAAUGAAGGACCUAUCGGGCGGUCAAAAGGCGCGCGUCGCGUUAGCUGAGCUUUGUCUAAACGCGCCAGACGUGCUGAUCCUAGAUGAGCCAACCAACAACCUCGACAUAGAAUCCAUCGACGCAUUGGCAGAUGCCAUCAACGAUUAUAAGGGCGGUGUUAUCAUUGUUUCGCACGACGAACGGCUGAUUCGAGACACAGAAUGCUGUCUCUACGUGAUCGAGAACCAGCAGAUCAAUGCUAUAGAUGGCGAUUUCGACGACUAUAGAAAAGAAUUACUCGAGAGCCUGGGAGAAGUCAUCAACAAUCCCAGCAUAGCCGCGAACGCUGCCGUUCUACAAUAAAUCGUCGACCAAUUAGUAUAAUUAACACAUUUUGGUGGCCUGUAAUAUCAGGCCUGUCCUUUUUAGCUGAGCUCUUUGCACGGUUCAUUUCUUUCUUCCUUUUUCCUUUCGCGUUGAAGAAAGGAGAAAAGAAACAAACUGUGUGUAAGAAGUUUAAAUAAAAAGAAUAGACCUAACGUAAAAGCGAUCAUAUUGGAUUGCGAUCAAGCCUUCGUGUGGACACCUGUUUGUCCAAAAAAUGCCGGAUUCGAAUUUUGUAUUAUAAAUAGCAUGCAACCGAGUGUAAAAAGAAAAUAAAUUGUUAACAACA